AUAUGUGCGGAUGAAAACCAUGAAUAUUAGUGCAAAAAGUCAACUGUCAAUAGGACGCAACUUCUCAAUAAUGCAGCUUGGUUAACGAUAACUCUUCAGUUGUUUAAUGCAAAUUGAUUACUCUUGAGUUGUUUAUCCUCCAAAUCUCUGGUUGACUUUUGCUUUGCCAGUCUCUCCAUUUCAAUUUCAACUGAAGAACAACCGGUGAAGGAAAUGAGCACUGUAGAUAUUGCAGUUUCAGUAAUCGCAAAGCUGCUUGAAUACACAGCUCGUCCGAUUAUUCAGCCAUUUGGUUAUAUUCUCCAUCACAAUAGGAACAUUAACGGUUUACAAACUCAGAUUUCGCAUCUGGAGAACACUCAAUUUGAGGUCCAACAACAAGUGGAUGUAGCCCAACGCAACGGAGAAAUUGUACUACCUACUGUACAAGCAUGGCUUGCUAAAGCAAACAGUUUAGCAACAGAAUCCGAUAAGUUCUUGAGUAAUCAGGUUGUUACAAAUCACAACUGCAUCAGUGGAUCAUGCCCCAACUUGAAGUUGAUUUACAAAAUCAGUAGAGAAGCCAAGAAGAAAUCAAUUGCGGUUAAUCAGGUGGUAGAGGGUGGAAAGUUUGAUCGUGUUUCGCACCCUGCUCGUUUACCUCCCAUAUGGCCUAGUAAUGAUGGUGCGUUUAUAGGAGAAUUGGAUGGUUUUGAGUCGAGAAAAGCGCAAUUGCGGUUGAUGAUGGAGGCGUUGGGAGAUGAUAGUGUCAACAUUAUUGGUGUGUAUGGGAUGGGUGGGAUAGGGAAGACUACCUUUGUGGAGGAAGUUGCCAAACAAGCAUAUGCACGCCAACUGUUCGAUGAAAUGGUUAUGGUGGUGGUUUCGCAUAAACCUAACUUGAGAAAGCUUCAAGGUGAUCUUGCGGAGAUGUUGGAACUGAAUUUGAAGGAGGAGGGUGAGGUACUGAGGACUGUUCGGUUACGAGAGAGGUUGAAUCAAGUUAAGAGGAUAUUGAUUAUAUUGGAUGAUUUAUGGAUGCCAUUUGAUCUGAGGACAAUUGGUAUACCGCAGGGUAAUCUUCAUAAAGGGUGCAAGAUUAUCUUGACAUCGAGAAGUUUAGAUGUAUGUAAUGCUAUGAGCACUCAGAGAAAUUUCCAUAUGGAUGUGUUAUCGCAAGUGGAAUCUUGGAAUUUGUUCAAGAAAAUGGCGGGUGAUACUGUUGAGUCAUCGGAUCUUAAUCCUAUAGCUACUAAGGUUGCUAAGAGAUGCUCAGGAUUGCCUCUUGCAAUUGUAACAGUUGCUCGUGCUUUAAGACAUAGGAGCAAAUAUGCUUGGCGUGACGCACUUCGUCAGUUGAAGAGUUCUACGUCUAAUGAUGUCAAAGGAGUGUAUGCCAAUGUCUUUGCUUCCUUAGAGUUAAGCUUUAACUUUUUAAAAGAUGAAGAAACAAAAGCUUGUUUCUUGCUCUGUAGCUUGUUUAAAGAAGACCUUGAUAUUUCCGUCGAGUUUUUGGUGAGAUAUGGAAUAGGUUUGAGAUUAUUCCAAGAUGUUCAUACUUUAGAAGAAGCAAGAGACAGAGUGCAUACAAUUGUUGAGAAUCUCAAAGCUUGUUGUUUAUUAUUAGAUAGUGACGUGGAAGACUGUUUUCGGAUGCAUGAUGUUACUCGAGACUUUCUACUCUCUGUAGCUUGCAGGGGUCUCUACAUAUUCUUGGAGAAGAUGAUUCCUGAAUAUCUAGAGUCAUCUAAUGAAAACAAGCUUGGUAAUUAUUAUGCAAUCUCAAUGGUGUUGAAUAAUCUUGAAGAAUUUCCCAUUGGCAUAGAGUGUCCGAAGCUGCAGUUGUGGCGGUUAGAAGGUUCUACCGGGCAGGUGGAAUUUUCAGGUAACAAAAAUUACUUUGAUGGGAUGAAAGAGCUCAAAGUUGUAAUCAUGCAUCACGUAUCUAUCCCAUUUAUCCCGUCAUCGUUUCUUACAGUAAGGAAACUUGUAACUUUAUGCCUUGAGCACUGCAAGUUAGGAGAUUUGUCACAUAUCAAAGAGCUAAAACACCUAGAAAUUCUUAGCUUAAUUCAUUCAGAUAUCGAAAAAUUACCAAAGGAAAUUAGAGAACUCUCACGCUUAAGGCUUUUAGAUUUGUCAGAUUGUACGAAUCUGACAGUAAUCCCAUUCGGUGUGUUCUCCAAUUUGUCUAACUUGGAAUGCUUGUACAUGAUGAAUAGUUUCCGCCAGUGGGGAGUUCACGGUCAAAGUAGUCAAAAUCAAGCAACCCUUGAUGAACUGAAGAACUUAUCUCACUUGACAACCUUCGAGACGCAUAUCCCAGAUGUCAAUCUAUUUCCCAAAGAUUUACUAUUUCGGAACUUGGUGAGAUUCAAAUUAUUUAUAGGGAUGGAUAUUAGCCAGGUAAUAAAUUACUCAUACCCGAAAACCUUAAGACUCACACUGCAUCAAGGUCUUAGUUUACACGGCGGAAUCUAUAAGUUGUUAAAAUCGGCUCAACAUUUAAUCUUGGACUACUCAAUUAUUGAUUACUUAGAAGAUUUAAACAGCAUUGUGUAUGACUUGAGGAAAGGUUUCAAACACUUGAGAUGUUUGGAGGUCUAUGGUUAUACCGGGGUUGAAUCUUUGAUUGACACCAAAAUCUUUCCUGUUUUGGAGAACUUAAAGGUUGUUUCUGCUGCUGAUCUUAGAAUGAUAUGUUAUGACCAUCUCCCAGAUCAAUCGUUUUGUGAGCUUCGUGAAUUGAUGCUGAGUAUUUUACCGGAAUUAACUUGUUUGUGGGUGGAUCCUAUGGGAAACGUAUGCUUACGUAAUCUAAGAACUAUAUAUGUAUCUGAUUGCCACAAACUUAAAGACCUUGUUUCACAAUCCACAGCCAGAGAUCUUUCAGAGCUUCAAAGACUCUAUGUUUCCUCAUGUGAAGAUCUCAAAGUAAUAUUAUUUAAAGAUGCGGGUGAUUCAUCUAGUCGGAUUGUGCUAUCAAAGCUGAAGUCUAUAAAGCUUGAGUUUUUGCCUAGUCUUUCGAGUUUCUGCCCCGAAGCAGCUACUAAUUUAGUACAAGAAGCCCUUUUCAAUUCAAAGGUUGACUUUCCUUCCCUGGAAGAGCUGACUCUUCGUGAACUACAUUCUGUCAAUGAAAUUUGGCCCCGCCAGUUUUCUACUGCAAACUUCCGCAGCCUUAGGAUCCUGAUUAUUUUUGGCUGUGAAAACCUAGUACUUGUAUUUCCAUCAUAUAUCCAGAAAAUGUUGCAAAAUCUUGAAAUUCUUUACAUAGAAUGGUGUGAUUCUGUAGAAGAGGUUUGUGGACUUGACGAACACGAUAUCCACAACGAAAAUGAUGCAAGUUUAGCAACUUUACCUUGUGUUAGAGACCUCAUUUUGGGGAAGUUGCCGCUACUAAAACAUCUUUGGUGGAACAAAGAUAUUAAUCCUCAUGCAUAUACAAGCUUACAGAAUUUGAAUUCUCUGCAUCUCUAUGAAUGUGAUGGUUUAAUCCAUCUUUUCUCAUUUUGUGCAAUGAAGAGUCUCGUUCAACUACAAGAAUUGAAGGUACGUUCAUGUAAGAUGAUGAAAACAGUAUUUGCUAACGAAGGAGAUGAUGGUAUUAUUGUUCUGUCAGAAUUACGUUACGUUAGUCUUGAAGAUCUUCCAGAACUUUCAAGUUUUUGCAAAGGGAGUAGUAGUUUACACUUUCCAUCAUUGGAUAUGAUUGAAAUCAAAAGUUGCCCUAAAAUGAAAGCAUUUGUUGCUUCUGAUGUGCGUCAGGAGGAGAACCUCUUCAAUGAAAAGGUUGCAUUGCCUAAUUUGCAAGCAUUAUACCUAGAUGGAUUGAGUAGCAUGAUUGGCAUAUGGCACACCGAACUUCCAGAUAAGAGUUUUAAUGAACUUCAAGUCUUGAAAGUUAUCAACUGUGAUCAACUAUUAGAUCUUGGACCAAUCAACAUGCUUCCUCGAUUGCAAAUAAUUGAAGAAAUUCAUAUUAUUAAUUGUGCUUCACUUGAACAACUCUUUGCCAUUAAACACACACAAACUCACCAGAAUUUGGCUUCUGUUUCACUAAUCAAACUGGUUGAUUUAGUUUUACGAAAUCUACCAAAUUUGAGACAAAUAUGGUGGGAUAGAAGUAAGACUCCAACCGAAACUAGUAGGUUUCAGAGACUUGCUUCUGUUGAAGUUGCAAGUUGUGAACUUCUUGAUUGCAUCUUCCCAGUGUGGGUAGCUAGAGGUGUACCCCGGCUCCAGAAACUGAAAGUAGAAUCAUGUACGUUGGUGAAAGCGAUUGUGGAAUAUAACGGAAGACAAUCAGAACCAGAUGACAUAAUUCUCCCUCAAGUAUGUAGUAUCGAGCUUGAGAAUCUACCAAAUUUGGUCCACUUUUGUACUAGGAUGUCUGAAUUAAGGUGGCUAUCUCUGAAAGAACUAAGAAUCAUGAAUUGUUCUAAAAUGGGGUCCUUUGUUUCAACUUCAAGCUUGGAAAAUGACUCAAACUCCAUUAAAGUGUUCUUUGUUGAAAAGGUUGUUUUUCCGAGCUUGGAGAAACUGCGAAUCGACAACCUUGAGUGCGUGAAUACCUUAUGGCAUACAGACACUAUGGCUGAAGCAUUUAGUCAACUCAGUAUCCUAGAGGUGAGAAACUGCAACAAUUUGGUAAAACUUAUCCCCUCAAGUUUACUCCCAAGGCUGCAGAAUCUGGAAGAGUUACAUGUAAAUCAAUGUUGUUUGCUCGAGAUGAUUCUAGAAGAAAAUUCUAUUGAAAAAGUCAUGUUUCCUAAAGUUCACACUGUUCGACUAAUAAAACUACCAAAAGUCGCAUGUUUUAUCUCUGGGAAUCGGAGUUUUGAAUGGCCAAAUCUGGAAAGAUUAGUGAUAGAGGACUGCCCAACCAUGAAAAUGUUCUCUUUGGUGGGCCAGAUUGUUCCUAAGCUAAACGCGAUUGAGGUAGGCUAUGGUUUACAAGUGUGGAAUGGCGAUUUAGACAGCACUAUUCAACAUUUAUUCGUGAGUUGAGGCACGUGAUCUUGAUACAUUAAUAGUAGAAUGUUGCCAUAAUCCUGCAUAUUGGCUGGGACUAUAUUCUUCUGGAAGAAUCACACAGAGGAAAGCACAACAUAGGCAGGGCUUAGAAAAUCUCAUGGUGAAAGAUUAAAAUGGUUUUCAAUGACAGUCACGCGAUGGCAAAGAUAAAGGUGUGCAUCACACAGAGGCAAUUGCUGUUGAUGAUCCUUGAGUUUUCCCACAAAACCAGAUCCCAAGUUAGAAGGGGCCACUUCUCAUACCUCCAAACAAAAAAAAAAAAAAAAACAACCAAUGAGGGGAUGGGGUACUUUUACAAAACACCAUUAUAUACGUUUGUACCCAGUUUCUAACAAAAAAACUGGGUUCUGUUUGUCGCUCCACAAAUUAUGUUUCACUUCAAAUAGCACAAGGCUAAGAUUAAUGUGUUGCUCACAUAACCAGUGUUGUAAGAAUCGCCAGGCGCUAGUCUGCUGGUGGGGUACCGACUAGCAAUUAAUUAGGAUUAAUAUGAUUGGGAUUUAAUUUGUAAUUUUCAGUUUUAUACGUAUAUACACACAUAUUUUUAAGUAGACAUGUUUUAACACC